AAACCUACCUUUAAGAAGUCAAGGAUACCAAGAACGCCUGCGGGCAACCCAAUAAGAACCGACGAGACCAGAAGACCAGACCAAACGUCGAAGCAGAUCAUGUCUCGAUACAACUACGUACUAUACCGCCUCGCCAACUCCGUCCUCCCGUUCCCUCGUACUCCGUGCUUCGUACCCAUCUACCCUUCCGUCGCCGCCCUUCCCCCCCCUCCAUCUCGCAUCUUGCAUCCUGGCCCAUCGACUCGCAUUCGGCUUCAAGGACGCCCGAUCUCCAAUCACCUAUUGUACGAUUUCAGCGACGACGACCUGGCAAAUAAUCACUUGAUUGCCCUUGUUAAUGUCGCAGCAUCACCGUCGAAUGUCGUUGGCUGCGAGCCGUUAAUCUUUCUGGGAAAUUGUCAGCAAAGGGCUCCCACCAUCGUCGCAUUUCUCGAUCGGAGACAAACCUACUUUUGCUGCACCUCCACGAACGGACCUCUCGACUGCAUUUGGAUGGCUGUGGCGACCGGCAGCCUGCGCAACACCUUGAAACCCCCAGCUACCGACUUGUUGAACAACUCCGCAAUUUAA